GUGGUGUGUCAACAAACUCUCAUCCCUCAUCUGCAAUGGCGUAAUGGCCAAUAAUGCAAGUAAAGACUAUAUGUACACUGUACUGGUACACAUACCGGUAAUAAAGAAGCAUCUCCCCAAUGAGCACCAACAAGAAGGUAGUGGUUGUACUGAGAGUACUCCUUGCGAUCUCUGUCCUUACCAUCUUAUCAACAUUCAGAAGCGCAAGUCUGUGUCCCACCACUAUUAUUUGUACUCGCCAGGAACGUCCGGCUGCUGUGGAUUGCCGCCGUCGUCAUUCUCAUGAAAGCUUUACCUGGAUACCAACUGCAGCCAACAGCCAAUCAUGUAUGGAGUUAUUGUCGCCAACAGGAAGGCUACCCUGUCUGGCAAAUCCUUCCAAUUUUGAAGGCUAUUGGACGCAAGAGGUGUCUACACUCGAUCAGACACUUGGUGCUGAACCUUCCUUGACCUCUUGGAGUUGGCAUUUCGACAGACAUGACGAUCGAGCAUCUUCUUCUUCAGGAAGAAACCCCAUUCGAGUGCCCAAUAUCCCACCCUUUGCAACCCCACACAACAACAAUAAGCCUCUUGGGUCCUUAUCAUUGCUCCAAGAAACAAAUAAUGCCUCCCUCGUGUUGUAUGGCUCGUCGCAUGUCCGCGAACUCUACUUUGCCAUGAUUCGCAUGGCGCGGGGGCAAAAGUACGAUGCACCCCUGGAAACCAACGUGAUGCGGGUAGGGAGUGCUCCUUUUGGAUACAAUGCAACCCCUGCGUGUGGUGAUAGCCCCAAUACAAUGGACAAGAGGCAUGGCAUUGACCUCGAGGCAUGCGGGGAACCAGACAAGCGGCUGGUGCCAGAGCUUGGUGGCAACAACAACAAUGUUGCCAUUGGAUUCAAAACGUUUCUGCACACACCUCAAGCCGAUGAUUCCUUUCUGGAUUUCUUGCAGGCCAAUCGACUACGCCAUCCAUCUGUGCUAGUCGUAGAUGUCGGGAUUUGGGGUCUGCGCGGACGCAAGACCAGUCCUCAACUGAAUAAUCGAACACACGGUGUCUUAUUGCAACCCGACGAAGAAGUCGAUUAUUAUCUGCACUGGCUCGAAAACAGCUUUCCCAACUCAACAAUCAUUUAUGUUUACGAAAAGGGUCCUUUGGUGGAUCUGGAAUCUUGGAUUCUGCCAAGAAUCUAUGAUAUUGUGCAUCAGCAGCAACAGGAGAAGAAUAGGGGCAGGAGGCCACUGUCCAUGAUUGUCCGCAAGGACUUGAUACAAAACAAUAGACCCGAGGACAUGCCCUGUGCACACGGCUGCGCAGGACCAGUGACAAUGGUGGUUUCAUCACUGAUAUUGGACUGGUUGUCUGAAGUUUUCUUGCCUGGUCAUGAUGAUUGUGAUGUUGGUGGUAACGCGCCAUCUCGGUGGCGUUAAAUUGCACCACUUAUUGCGGAAACAGAAGAGGUGUCUGUUAUCACGAAUUGGGAAAAGGGAAGUUCAGUUGCACGGAUUGGUACCAAAACUGCGGCAUGUAGCUUGCUACAGUACCAUACCGAUAGUACGGUAUGUUGAAUGAGUAACUCUAACCUCUACAACUCAGUACAUUGACAAUAAGGGAAGUUUUAAGUUAGAGUACGGCAGCUGCAUGUGGCUACUGCAAAUUCAGCUCUGUACCAAACCCCCUCGAAAAACAAUCCGGGACCGUCAUAACAGAAUCGAUCCAGCGAAAGGCGAAGCUCAAAACCUUCUGAAGAGGCGUUCACGCCACAAAAAAUUUGUAUUUAGUUUACAAGAAAGAGUAGAGGCGGGUAUCUAGCUAGCCGCACUGUUGCCUUUGCCAUGGCCAAAGAAAACAAGUCAUCCAUGACCACCUUCACCUUGCUGCCUAAGCCUCAUGAAGUUCUUUACUGUCCUUUGUUGCCUUUCUUCUUUCGCCGUUGCUUUUGGUCUUUGCUGCUACCGUUGGCUUUGGUCGGGUCAUUGUUGGCUGCAGCAGCUUGUUGAUUUGGGUUACUGGCAGCACCAGCAUUAUCAUUCCUGCUACCGCUACCUCGCCUCUUGUGAUUUGUAUAUCGGAGAUAGACGGAAAAGGAAAGGAACACCACCGACAGAAUCACAAAACCAAUAUCUUUGAGCGCCAUAUUUCUCCCACCGUCACCAGCACCGAAAGCCGCACCGAACCUCGAGGACGGCACUUGGCGCUGUGAUUUCUUCAUCUGGUCUCUUUGUUUUCUCUGUGCGACUUUGUGAGGUAAAGGCACGUUCCCUAGAAGCUGCGAUGCCAUCCCGCAAGGUAAGUAAAGACUCGAUUGUGAUGUUGGAUUGUCGACCGAUGUAGUGGCGUGUUUGCUCGGGCAGCUGCUCUGUGCUAGAGUCAAAGUCAACGUAUGACUUCAAUAAUAUUAUUGUUUUGCAAUUUGGAAGGCAGUGUGAGGCCCAUGAAUUGUUAAUCUUUUUAUAAGAAGAUCAUGUAUUAGCCCCCCAGAUACUAGUAGCUAGCUAUCUAGUAGCUGCAACAACCAUUUUAAAAUUAGCCCUUUGGGUCAAAGUCUACUUCUUUCAAAUUAUUUUCCUUUAGACCAUGCAAUACCAG